AGUGAGAGAAGGAAGCAGCAGUCUUCUGGCAUACGGAGCCAGCUGAAAAUCAGGGUUGAAUGUUAAAAAGGGAGCGUAUUUAGCGACACUCCUGGCCCCGAAGAAAGGAACUGAGGCGACACGAACCCCCUGUCCAACACCCAGAAGACGAGAGACCAGUGCCAGGGCCGCCAGCAGCUGUUAGGCGCUUUUUGGUGACGCGGCCGCCUCGCGCAGACGCGGUGACGGGCCACGGAAUUCCACGUCUCAGGUUCCGCAAAGGCCUGUGGGAGCGACCGGUAGGAGGGCCAGGAUGGCAGAAGCGGUGGAGUCUCCAGGAGACCCGGGGACAACAACGCCCAGGCCCCUGUUUGCAGGCCUUUCUGAUAUAUCUAUCCCACAAGACAUCCCUGUGGAAGGAGAAAUCACCAUUCCUGUGAGAUCACGCGUUCGGGAAUUUGACAGCUCCACAUUAAAUGAGUCUGUUCAGAAUACCAUUAUGCGUGAUCUAAAAGCUGUUGGGAAAAAAUUCAUGCAUGUUUUGUACCCAAGGAAAAGUAAUACUCUUUUGAGAGAUUGGGAUUUAUGGGGCCCUUUGAUCCUUUGUGUGACGCUUGCAUUAAUGCUUCAAAGAGGCUCUGUAGAUAGCGAAAAAGAUGGAGGGCCCCAGUUUGCAGAAGUGUUUGUCAUUGUCUGGUUUGGUGCAGUUACCAUCACCCUCAACUCAAAACUUCUUGGAGGAAACAUAUCUUUUUUUCAGAGCCUUUGUGUGCUGGGAUACUGUAUACUUCCCCUGACAAUGGCAAUGCUGGUUUGCCGGCUGGUACUUUUGGCUGAGCCAGGACCAAUAAACUUCAUGGUCCGGCUUUUUGUGGUGAUCAUCAUGUUUGCCUGGUCUAUAGUAGGAGUCAUGUAUGGAUGUGAGAGUUGGACUAUAAAGAAAGCUGAGCACCGAAGAAUUGAUGCUUUUGAACUGUGAUGUUGGAGAAGACUCUUGAGAGUCCCUUGGACUGCAAGGAGAUCCAACCAGUCCAUCCUAAAGGAAAUCUGUCCUGAAUAUUCAUUGGAAGGACUGAUGCUGAAGCUGAAACUCCAAUACUUUAGCCACCUGAUGCGAAGAGCAGACUCAUUUGCAAAGACCCUGAUGAGGGGAAAGAUUGAAGGCAGGAGGAGAAGGGGAUGACAGGAUGAGAUGGUUGGAUGGCAUCACCAACUCAAUGGAUAUGAGUUUGAGUAAACUCUGGGAGUUGGUGAUGGACAGAGAGGCCUGGCAUGCUCUAGUCCAUGGGGUGGCAAAAAGUCAGACACGAAUGAAUGACUGAACGGAACUGAACAAAUUUUAUCUUAUCUAUUUUGUUUGAUAUUAAUAUAGCCACUCCAGCUCUCUUUUGAUUACUGUUUGUAUGGUAUAUCUUUUCCCAGUAUUUUAUUAUAUUUAUUAGUAUUAAA